AACAUGCAGUUGCCGAACAAGAAUCGGUUAUAAGACUGGAGAGAAAAAGGAAGGAAAUAAGAUCAUCUGAUUGCCAGCUAAACUUCAAAUAUGAACACAAUGUUUGACACCACAUUUCCAUAACCAUGCUAAGUUUAAACAAAGACUAUAGAAUACUCUUAAAGAGACUUUGCUUUAAACAGUUAAUGUAGAAUCUGUUGCGAUAAAUGAUUGGAAAUGAAUGUGUGCCUGUCUUACUACAUUGUUGUUGUUUUUAUUUCACUCUAGACAAACAAGCGAAUUAUUUUGAAAGUUAAAGCAUGGACUUCAGACUCGUACUACUGAUCCUACUUCUACACAUUUCAGGCUCUCUAACAUUGAACCGCCUCUCUGUGACCUGUACGAAUAUUUGUGCUCUGAGGGAAACCAGUGUGCAGUUGAAGUGCUCUUAUGACUACAACAGCAACAUCACAACUGUGUUCUGGUUCAGCGAGAAACAAAGUACAAACUGGAGAAAAAACAAUGAACCUGAAGAUUUGACUUUAGACUCAGAUUACUCAGGACGAGUGAAACGUCAGAUCUCAAGCAGCUCUUCAACACUCACAAUAUCAGACGUGAGAGAGAGAGACUCUGGAGAAUAUCAGCUCAUGUUCAUCAUGAAGGAUGGAGUUAAACUUCUCAGCUCAGCAGCCGUCAGUCUAACAGUCACAGACCUGCAGGUGCGGAAGAAUUCUACAUCUACAGGCGCCAGAGAUCAGAGAGUAAUACUGACCUGUGAUACUUCCUGUGAUUUGACAUCCAGACCUCAGAAUUACUACUGGAAAAGAAAUGGACAAUAUUUAAAAAAUAUUAAUUCCAGGAGCGUUGAAGUUCAUCCUGAAGCUUCUGGCAGUUACUCCUGUUUUCUUACUGCAGAUCUUAAGAAUUCCUCCUCUCCUGUGUGUGUUUCUCAGAGGGGCUGCUGGGAUGUGACUUACACCUCUAGAAGAGUCUGUGCUUCGGUGGGCUCAACAGUAGACAUUUCCAGCACAUACUCACAUCCCUCUGGUUAUACUGUAAAUAAAACAUUCUGGUAUUACGUUCAGCCUGGAGACUUCAAGGAUCUGCGUGAGGAGCAUCAGUUUGCUGGUCGUGUGGAGUAUGUGGGGAACAAACUGAGAAUCAAAGAUCUCAAGAUCAGUGACUCUGGAGAAUAUCGACUCAGGAUCAUCACUGACUUAAACGGCACAUACUCUGGAUCACCAGGAGUCAUUCUUACUGUUACAGAUACACAGAUGAAAAGAAGCCCAGUCUUUGUAUCAGAGGGACAGGAAGUGAUUUUAAUCUGUUCAACUAAAUGCACUCUGAACAACAAACAUACUUACAUCUGGUACAAGAACGGACGACAGGUAACAGAUGGAUUCACUAAAACCAACAAGCUGUACCUGGACUCAGUCAGCAAUGAAGAGCUUCAACAGUAUUCCUGUGCUGUAGGAGUGAACAGCACAGCGGUCAGCCAUUAUACAAUCACUCUGCUGGUGUUUUUGCCUCAGUUUCUCAUAAUAGCGGCUCUGUGGAUGUGGUUUUUCAUCAAAAUGCAUCUCAUUUCAAAACAAAACUGAAAACAAACGUUAAGACUCAUAACUGCAAUAUCCAUUGUGUGCACCCAACAAAUCAGCUAUGAAAUCACAAAUUCACUCUCUGGAUCCAGCCACGUCUCUUCGGGCGCUAAUAAUUCAAAGGCACACAAUUACUGUGUUUUAAGACUUCGUGUUGUCUCGACAUGGCGUUCCCAACACUGCAGGGAUUCUCAUAACGCCUGCAUCUGACUUAUGCAUUCACCUAAGGGAGGCUGAGAUUCUAAUACAAAAGGUACUUUGAAUCCAAAAUGGUAUCAGAGCUACCGUGAUGUGACAUCAAUGACAUUCAGUCUUCAUAAACAAACAAAACUAAACUAUAGUCCAGGGUUUAGCUAUAUAUAUAUAUAUAAUAUAUAAUAUAUAAUAUAUAUAUAUAUAUAUAUAUAUAUAUAUAUAUAUAUAUAU